GGGAAAUAAUACAAACAACGUUGUUCUUUUGGCCUACUAAAGCCGAUUUUUAAUUACAGGCAUAUUAUUUAAACUAAUACAUUUUAAUGGAUACUUCGGUUGGAAGAAGAAAAGUGCAUCGUAAUAUUUACUACACAGAUGCCGGUUCUGAGUAUCAGCACGAUGUAAGUAUGUACAAAGUGCCCCCUUCGAACUCGAUUUACCUGGAGGAAUUCGAAGAAUUAGCGGUAGAAAGACUCCAAUUAUUACGAAUAUUAGAAGAGUCCUCGGCAAAAGGUCAUCGAGUGUACUCCGAAGAUUGGAAAUCCUACAUCAAAGAAGAACUUGCCAAAGAGGGUUUGAAAAAAUUUUUAAGAUUAGCGAGCGGUUAUUGCAGUCAAACAGAACUCGAUUUUCAAGCCAGAAAAGCCGAUUACAUCUCGCAUUAUAUUCUACGAGUGGCCUACUGUCGAUCCGAGACGUUACGCAGAUGGUUCGUAAACAGGGAAUUAGAAUGGUUCAAACUCAAGUUUUUAGCUCAAAGUCACCAAGGAUUCAUGAAGUUCUUGCAAUUGAACGAUUUUACUUACACCCCUAUUCGACCCGAGGUGAAAGAAAAACUAAACCACGACUUGUAUACGAGUACAGCCAUACCCGACAGAGAAUUCAACACGACCGAUUUUUUCAAAGUGCCUUUCACGGAGGUCCUGCCGCUGGUGAAAGGCAGGAAAGUAUUUUUGAAGCAAGGAUACGCUUACAUACCGACCAGCGAUUUGAUAGUGUGCAUCCUGUCGCAGUUUAGGGCUAGUCUCAACGAGUCUUUGCUUAAAUUCAACUCGUAUUUGCCGCGCUUGGACGACGAUCGAAUCGGCAAUCUACUGGAGAACCUCCACUACAUCCACACGGGCGAUGUGAGCUACGAGGACACGCAGGACGCGCUGAAUCCAGCGAAUCUCGAUUCGUACGCCAAGCAGUUCUUCCCGCUUUGCAUGAGCACGUUGUUCAACGUCUUGAAAACCCAGCACCAUCUCAAGCACUUCGGGCGGUUGAGCCUACUGCUCUUCUUGAAAGGAAUAGGUUUAUCUCUCGAGAACACGAUGGAGUUGUGGCGGAACGAGUUCACGAAAAACCCGAAAAUCGAUUCGAACACGUUCGAAAAGCAGUACGCUUAUCUAGUCAGGCACUCGUUCGGACAGGCCGGGGCUAGAGUGAGCUACUCCCCGCACAGUUGCUUGAAAAUUAUCAUGUCUAACGUGGGUCAAGGGGAAUACCACGGUUGCCCGUUCAAAACCUGGGACCCGGUGUACUUGAAGCAAAAGCUGACCGAACUCGGGCUGGGAUCUCAAGCCGUUACUUCGAUAGUGGAAUCGGCGAGCGGCGGUCACUACCAAGUGGCCUGCACCAAAUGUUUCGAAGGCAACUACGGCCAGGCUCCGGCCAGCAGCAUCAACCAUCCCAAUCAGUAUUUCUCGGAAGCGGUGAAAUUGGUGAAGGAAAAACAGGAAAAGAAACACUAAAUUAAGAAAAUCAACAACUCUAAGGCACUUAAUUAAUUAAUAAAACAUAAAAUUCGUUCAGCUUAAAUCGAAAGUCUUGUGGAGCAACGUGAAAGCCCCCGUUCCUGUCGUACACGGUUUCCCCAACAUCAGACAACUGGAAGGAUUGUCCAGGAAAUCUUGUUUACCUAUUAACAAUCGAAUUGUUAGUUAACGUUCGAUUAUAUUUUAAUAAAUUUUACCUCUUA